AUGGUAGACGAUGCAGGACUCCGAUUUGUUGGGAGGAUAUGGGUGAAAGGAUGUUUCACCUUGGAAAGGGUUAUUCGCUUUCAAAAGAAAGUAAAAUUGGCACCGAGAUACAUAGGUCCUUACGAGAUUGUGGAGAGAGUAGGGGUUACGGCUUAUCGUUUGGCAUUACCGGUGGAGUUGGCUCGGUUACACGACGUGUUUCAUGUCUCUAUGCUACGGAAGUUUGUGGGAGAUCCGUCACUUAUUCUGGAAUCGGAACUGUUAGAACUUUCUGAGGAUUUGUCUUACGAGAAGACACCGGUUGAGAUUCUUGGUCGGAAGGAGCAGGUUUUACGUUCUAAGGUGAUACCCUACGUGAAAGUAUUAUGGCGGAAUCAUAAGGUCAAGGAGGCUACGUGGGAGGGUGAGGAGUCGAUGAAACAAAAGUAUCUGCAUUUGUUUUAG